AGGAGACAGCUCAUUUUGGGAAGUCUCAUGGGCUGGCUGAGAUGAGAACUCUUGGGCCCAGGAGAAAUCUCCUCCAGAGAGCUGGCUGGAAACUGGGACUUCUGGACUUGAGAUCUCUCUGCCUCCUGCAAGCCAGCUCUGUAGGUGCAGGUUCCAGGGUAGUCUCCUGUCCAGGAAAAGAAGGAGACGACAUCUGUUCAGUUAUAAUCAUCCCCUCUCAACAGCCUGCAGAGGACCAAGGCCUGGCUCAAGCAGGGAGCCUGGAGCCAGAGGGAAUGGCCCCUGAGAGCUGCAGACCCCCACCCCAGGAGUUGGUGACCUUCAAGGAUGUGGCUGUGGACUUCAGCCCUGAGGAGUGGGGUCUGUUGGACCCGGAUGAAAAAGAGCUGCACAAGGAGGUCAUGCUGGAGAAUGCCGAGAACUUGCUCUCCCUGGGACUUCCAGUUCCCAGAGAAGAUUUCAUCUCCCAUGUGGAGAGAGGAGGCCUGAGGAACUCCUGUCCUGAUGCAGAGACAUGGUUUGAUAUGAAGGAGAUGAGUGUAAAUCUGAAAAUGAUCUCAUGGAAAGACCUUUUUCAAUAUAGUGAACACAGGGCUGUUGUUGCUAAGCAGAAAAGAAACAGAGAGGAACACUGUGAAUGGAAUACACACAGAAAUGCUUUAAGAAAGAGUUCCAGUGUAGCUAAAGAUAAGAAUAUAUAUCCUGAAGAGAAAAUACCCGAGGGUCAUGAAUGUGAUAAAGCUUUUCUUGCACUUUCUUCCCUUGCCAAGCAUCAGAAAGUCCAUGCUGGAGAGAAACCUCAUGAAUGUAAGAAACAUGGAAAGGCUUUGAGAGAGCGAUCUGCUCCUGCUAAACAUGAGAGAAUUCGCACAGAAAAACAAUCUUACAUAUGUAAUCAAUGUGGAAAGUAUUUCCAAUGUUAUUCCAAAUUGGCUCAACAUCAGAGAAUUCACACUGGAGAGAUGCCUUAUAAAUGUAAUGAAUGUGGAAAGGCUUUCACAUCUCCUGCCAAUCUUGCUAACCAUCAGAGAACGCACACUAGAGAGAAGCCUUAUGCAUGUAAUGAAUGUGGAAAGACUUUCAUAUGGAGUUACAGACUUCAUGAACAUCAGAGAAUCCACACUGGAGAGAAGCCUUAUGAAUGUAAUGAAUGUGAAAAAGCUUUCAUAUAUCGCUCUAGUCUUGCUGUCCAUCAGAGAAUUCACACUGGAGAGAAGCUUUAUGAAUGUAAUGAAUGUGGAAAGGCUUUCAUGCAGCACAGCGGUCUUACUUCCCAUAAGAGAAUCCACACUAGAGAGAAGUCUUAUGAAUGUAAUGAACAUGGAAAGGCUUUCACAAAGCGCUUCUGCCUUGAUGCACAUCAGGGGAUCCACACUGGAGAGAAGCUUUACAAAUGUAACAAAUGUGGAAAAACUUUCACAUCUCCUAUCAAUCUUGCUAAUCAUCAGAGAAUGCACACUAAAGAGAAGCCUUAUGAAUGUAACAAAUGUGGAAAGGUGUUCAAAUAUCGCUCCAGUCUUGCUAAACAUCAGAGAAUCCACACUGGAGAGAAGCCCUAUAAAUGUAAUCAUUGUGGAAAGGCUUUCACAAUGCGCUCCCAUCUUGCUGUCCAUCAGAGAAUCCACACUGGAGAAAAGCCUUAUGUAUGUAAUGAAUGUGGAAAGGCUUUCAUAGAUCGCUCCCCUCUUGCUGCCCAUCAGAGAAUCCACACUGGAGAGAAGCCUUAUACAUGUAAUCAAUGUGGAAAGACUUUCACAUAUCGCUCCCAUCUUGUUGUCCAUCAGAGAAUCCACACUGGAGAGAAGCCUUAUAAAUGUAAUGAAUGUGGAAAGGCUUUCACAAUGCACUCCCAUCUUGCUGUUCAUCAGAGAAUCCACACUGGAGAGAAGCCCUAUAAAUGUAAUGAAUGUGGAAAGGCUUUCACAAUGCGCCCCAAUCUUGCUGUCCAUCAGAGAAUCCACACUGGAGAGAAGCCUUAUAAAUGUAAUGAAUGUGGAAAGGCUUUCACAUAUCACUCCUAUCUUGAUGCACAUAAGAGAAUCCACACUGGAGAGAAGCCUUAUGAAUGUAACAAAUGUGGAAAGACUUUCAUAUAUCGCUCCAAUCUUGCUGUCCAUCAGAGAAUCCACACUGGAGAGAAGCCUUAUGAAUGUAACACAUGUGGAAAGACUUUCACAUAUCGCUCCAAUCUUGCUGUCCAUCAGAGAAUCCACACUGGAGAGAAGCCUUAUGAAUAUAAUGACUGUGGAAAGGCUUUCACACAGCGCAGCAAUCUUACUUCCCAUCAUACAAUCUACACUGCAGAAGAGGCUUAUGAAUGUAAGCCAUGUGGAAAGACUUUCAAAUACAAAAACUGCCUCAUAAAACAUCAGAAAAUCCACCCAGGAGAGAAGCCUUAUGAAGGUAAUGACUGUGGAAAGGCUUUCACACGGCGUCAUAGUCUUCGUAAACAUGAGAAAAUCCACACAGGAUAGAAACCUCAUGUAUUUGAAAACCUUCAGACAAAGCUCAAAUCUUGCUUAACAACAGAGAAUGCACAUUAGGGGAAAACUUUUUGAGUGGCUGGAUCAUGGUAAAGUUUUUAAUAUAUAUUAGUCCGUGACUAGACAUGGGAGAUUCCAUACUAGAUAUAAAACCUCAUUCAUAUAAUCCAUGUGGAAAAACAUUCAGGCUCACUUCAUCCCCAAAUUGCCUCCAGAAAAUUCCUAGAAGAUUGAAAUCAUGGAUAAUGGCAUAAAGAUGGAGGACAGAGCUUGUUAUUCAGCAGAGAUUUUCUGCUUGGGAAAUCUCCUAUGGACUUGGCAUGGGAAAGUCUUUAGUCCAGAUUCAUUUCUGAGUUUAAAUCUGAGUAUAUGGAGUGGAAAGAAGACUUAGAAAUGUGCUGAAGAAAGACUUGCCCUUACCUGGAAUAUAAAGGUCAAUAUAAAUCACAAUAUUCACACUGGAAAGAAGCAUUAUACUGUGUAUAAUGAUUAGAAAAUACAUUUGAGUUUUUCUCUGAAAUCCCAUGAUUGGUGUUCAAAGACAAUUCUUUAUAAUGGGAGAAACUAAUUGUUUUAAUUUCCCUUCUUAAUCAGCAAAGAUUAAGAGAUUUUUAAAUCUGAUUUUAAAUUGUUUUUAUUACUUAAUUUUCCUCUUCAUUCUCUUGUUUAUUCCUAAAUUCUUUGGCUUUCUAUCUGUGUGAUAAGUCAUGUGUUCCAUGUUCUAAUUUUCUUUUAAAAUAUCUGUGGCUUAGAACUCCAUUUUGACUUACAGUGUUAAAUUGUGUUGUGUGGGUUUGAGGUUUUGUGAGGCCUUUUCAGAAAGCUGACCCCCCAGAAGAGUGCCAUAGUUUGGGGCUACAGUUCCAGAAAAAUUCUCCCCCUUGUACCCUUGCUUACUCUUGCACAAACCACUUUGCCACAUCGGUAAGCUUUGUAAUGUAUAGUUACUGUUCUUAAGUGGAGUGUGUUCCUAGCUGGAGUCCACUAUGUGGUAAAGUUGCUCAGUCCAGAGUGUAAAAAAUUCCACUCCAUCUCCUGUACUUUGUCUCCCACUGCUAGACUGCACUAGUUGAGGUGAUACCCUAUUCCUGCAGAAAUGCAAUCAACUGCUUUCUGCUCUAACUCUGAGAAACAUCUAUUUGAAAUAUUUUGGUUUGGUGGUCACUGUCCCACAUGGUGUGAAAUAUCAUGUAAAUUAUAAUCUUCUAUUUGACAAAUGUAAAGAGUAAAGACUUGGAUAAGAAAUUGUUA